GGUAUAAUGCCUUAUGGUGGCGGUCAUGGCUUGGUAGAGCGCGGCCCGCGGCCCGCAGCAGCCGCGGCCGGGGCGGAGCGGGAGGAGGGAGGCGAGCGGCGGGCGCGCCGCGGCCCCGGGAGGAUGGUGUCCCAGCUGAGCGCCCUGCAACGGGAGCUGCUGGGCGCCCUGCUCAGCUCCGGGGCCACCAAGGAGGGGCUGAUCCGCGCCCUGGAGGACAUGGUGCCCGCCGCCGGCUUCGGCGUCAAGCUGGAGAGCCUUCCUCUGUCUCCCGGCGGGCCCCCCGACGGCAGGGCCGCCCUCCCGCCGCUGGCCAACGGGCACGGCAAGGGCAAGCUCUCGGGCGACGAGGGCUCCGAGGACGGCGACGACUUUGACACGCCGCAGAUCCUCCGCGAGCUGCAGUCGCUCAACACGGAGGAGGCCGUGGAGCAGCGGGCAGAGGUGGAGAGGAUGAUCAGCGAGGACCCGUGGCGGGCAGCGAAGAUGAUCAAGGGCUACAUGCAGCAGCACAACAUCCCGCAGAGGGAGGUGGUGGAUGUCACUGGCCUCAACCAGUCCCACCUCUCGCAGCACCUCAACAAGGGCACCCCCAUGAAGACCCAGAAGAGAGCUGCCCUGUACACGUGGUACGUCCGCAAGCAGCGCGAGAUCCUCCGCCAGUUCAACCAGACAGUCCAGGGUUGUGGAAAUAUGACAGACAAAGGCAGUCAGGAUCAGCUGCUGUUUCUCUUUCCAGAGUUCAAUCAGCAGAACCAGGGGGCUGCCCAGCUCGACGACGCCUGCUCUGAAACCCCCAGCAAGAAGAUGCGGCGCAAUCGGUUCAAGUGGGGGCCGGCCUCCCAGCAAAUCUUGUACCAAGCCUACGAGCGCCAGAAGAACCCCAGCAAGGAGGAGCGUGAAUCUCUGGUGGAGGAGUGCAACAGGGCCGAGUGUCUGCAGCGGGGAGUGUCCCCCUCCAAGGCGCACGGGCUGGGCUCCAACCUGGUGACAGAGGUCCGAGUGUACAACUGGUUUGCCAACCGGCGCAAGGAGGAGGCUUUCCGCCAGAAACUGGCCAUGGAUGCCUACAGCUCGGGGCAGCCCCCGCACAGCAUGAACCUGCUGCUGUCCCACGGCUCCCCGCACCACAACCAGCCCAGCGCCUCCCCGCCCAGCAAAAUGCCAGGGGUGCGGUACAGCCAGGCGAGCGGCGAGGCCGCGUCCUCGGGGGCCAUCAGCCACCACGGCGGCCCUGCCAUGGUCACCACCAGCCAGGCCGUCCUGCAGCAGGUCUCCCCGGCCGGCCUGGACCCGGCGCACGGUUUGCUCUCUCCCGAAGGUAAAAUGAUCUCCGUGUCGGGGGGCGGGCUGCCCCCGGUGAGCACCCUGACCAACAUCCACAGCCUGUCCCACCACAACCCGCAGCAGUCCCAGAACCUCAUCAUGACGCCGCUCUCGGGAGUCAUGGCCAUCGCCCAGAGUGAGUGUCCCUGUCCCCUUCACCCCUGUCCCCUGCCCCGGGGUGGGAGGCAGCGCUGCCUGGCGCUGACACCCCCGCCCUGCUCUCUCCCCCUGGCAGGUCUGAACACCUCGCAGGCUCAGAGUGUGCCCGUCAUCAACAGCGUGGCCGGCAGCCUGGCAGCGCUGCAGCCGGUGCAGUUCUCGCAGCAGCUGCACAGCCCACACCAGCAGCCGCUGAUGCAGCAGUCCCCCGGCCACAUGACGCAGCAGCCCUUCAUGGCCACCGUGACCCAGCUGCAGAACUCACACAUGUACCCACACAAGCAGGAGCCGCCCCAGUACUCGCACACGUCGCGCUUCCCCCCGGCCAUGGUGGUGACGGACACCAGCAGCAUCAGCACGCUCACCAACAUGUCCUCCAGCAAGCAGUGUCCCCUGCAAGCCUGGUGAUGCUCCACACCUCGCUGCUUUUGCACAUAGCAACGGGAUCUUAUUUUCCACAAUAUCCCGCCGGCGAGCUGCGCUCACAGCCCGGGAGUCGCCUGCCGGAGCACAGCCCAGCAGCAGCGAGGAGCCCGACACGGAGCCGGGGCUGAGGCUCCCCGCCGCCCUCCCGAGCCCGCCGGGGACCGCCCGGAGCCGCGGGGCCCAGCCGGGACCUGCCUCUCCUUCCCUCCACGCAGUAUUUCCAAGAUGUGUCUUGGGGAUUGUUUUCCUGAGAAGUGUUUGCCUUGCAAGAGGCUCUCCCGAGGAACAAGGCACGACUGGCACAAGGGGAAGAUGGAUCACGUUUGAGUUGUACCCCUCUGCUCGGCGGACUGAGAGCGACCGGGGUCUGUUACUUGGCGUUUGGAGGGAGGAAUUGAGUGUGUUGUUGAACUGAGCCAAUUAAACUGUAAAUAUAGGUACAGUCUGCUCCAUCGUCCCCCCUCCCCACUCCUAUACAUAGAGAUUUAUAUAAAAAAGAAGUAAAUUUUGUCCAAUGGAUGUAAACUACUGUAAUUAAGUGCAAUUCCCCCAUCUGUAUAUAUUGGUCCGAAUAUCUUCUUUUUCUCCUUUUUUUUUUAAUGGUAAAGGUCAGAGCUGAGGAUGGUUUUGGUUUUGUAUUACUCUUUUUCCUUUAAAUGGGUUAAUUCCAGUCCUGGGGCUGGCAGGGACCCUGGUCAGGCAGCACCGGGCUCUGCUGUGCAGGAGGACAGGCAGACAUGUGUCCCCUGCACGGUGACAUCCCACGUGAAGGAAGGACACAGGGCGAGCUGAGCAGAGCCCUGGCAGGAUCUGGGUGAUCCGUGUGGGGACAACUGCGACUAAGAAUUAAUCUCAAUGGACUUCCCUGCUUUUUGGGACUCUGAGAUGGGCUCUGGUGGGGUGGGGAAGGACUGGUGAACACAUCCAGCUGCUGGGAAGUGUCAGCAGCCUCCAGGUGGGCCUGGAGCAUUUGCUGCUCCAGAGUGAAUGAGGCCACACGGAAUUCUGAUGGGAUCUUCCCCCGAUGGGUUCAGAGACUGUCUCCCUUCUCUCCGCCCUCACAGAAGGGGUUGGGUACCCAGUUACUGCCUCAUCUCCUGCCCAAUAAAUGGCCAGUACAGGUGGCUUCUUUCCACCUUCAGCAGUUGAUGAUGAACCUUGUUGGCUCCACCCUUGGCAGUGGGUGCCUUGUGUUGCCUCUCAUCCUCGUGGUGCCCUGGAUGGACGGAUGGAUCGAUGGAAGGAUGGAACACGGGCUGUGGUGUGAAUGCUGCAGCUGCUGCCUUGUCUCAGCUGGCAGCUGCUCCCUCAUGGAAAGCUCUGCAGAAAGAUCUCCAGCCUGUGGAUGAUCCCAGCUCCGUGGUGAGGGCACGUCCAGCCCCUCAGGCACCCGCUGAGGACACACACCUGAUCCCUGGAGGAGUUUGGGUGCCCAGGUCCAACCUCCCAAAGCCAUGGAAGCUGUUAGAGGCAGCGUCUGCCCUCUGUGAGACACCAGCUCCUCUGUUCCUGCUCCCCUCUGUAAAUGGAUCUAAUACUGAGCUGAUUUCUCACUAACUCUGUGGCAUGUGCCAACUGCUGAGAGGGACGUGGAGAGGUGGACAGCAGCAGAGGUGCCCAUGGAUUGAUAACCACUGGCAAAAAGCAGAACACUGGAGGCUCUCUUUGGGCUGGAAGGGCUCUUUGCCUCAGUUUCUGGCACAGUGGGACCCUCACCCUCGCUGGGACUGACAGAAGCUGCCCUAAGGCCAGUAAGUCAUCAGGAAUUUGGAGACCAAUAUUCAGAAUUACGUUUAAUUUAAUGUACACCAUAAUUAAACACCAUUUCUGAUGAGUC